UCUAAGCUUCACAGCAUCGCUAUUUAGAAUUUCGAUUACUGGCAUUGUACGAAAUGCAGGACAACCGAUUUUUCAUCCUCGUGAUCCUUCUGGUAUCUUCUAUCUCAUUCAAUCUUGCCAGAUGCUCUGCUGGCCAGAACUACGAAUCCGCCAGAGACGGUCAAAAGAUAAAAGCUAAUGAUAGGCGAUCCGCUGGAAUGGUGGCAUAUCCCAGACUCGGCAGAAAUUCGGAAUUAGCAAGUUUCUCUAGAUCAAGACGUGCUUUUGGAGUGAUAACUGUACCUCGCGCAGGACGAUCUGAUCCGUCGAGCUUGGACAAUGGAUAUCGAUUUCACGAUUUGUCGUCUGAUGCCGAUUUCGAAUACUACUAUGUGGAUCCUGACAAUUUUUUAGACCGCGAUUACGAAGAGUAUGCGAACAAACCAUUUAAAUAUGCUGACAAAAUGCAAAAAGAUGGCUCCUGGUUGAUGCCCUAUCAUGUACACGGAUACAAGGAUCUUCCUGUCGCACAAAUCGACGAUCUUCGAUCAUACUACUCUGGUUUACGAGGUUCUCGAAAUACUCAAGGUCAAGGAGGGUACACUCCAAGAUUAGGCCGUGAAAAUGAGCACGAUGCCACGAAUUUCCUGUAACUCGUCCAUUUCGGUCUUCGCAAAAUUCGACGGAUGUUGACUCGACAGGAGAGAAUAAACUUACUGUCAAAAUUGUCACCAGGAACAUAAUGUGUGAUACUUUUGAUCGUUUCCUCAUUUGCAUUUGGCGAUCCACCUUAUCCUUGCACUUUGUACGCUAGUUAUGCAACACAAUACAUAGUCUGCACUUGAA